AUGCUCUUCUAUUGUUGGUGUCAAAUCUUGUCUGUUGAAAGUGAAGCAGUUGUAUACGGAAUUUCAACAUUGGACCAGAGCUUUAACAAACGGUUCAUCUAUCUUUAUGCAGAGGAGAUAGGUCAUGUCGCCAUAUUUCUUGAACCUUUAUUGAAGAUUGAGGUAAAUAAUCCAGCUUUGCUUGCUGGAAAUUGGUCUCAGCUAUGUACAACAUCAAGGUGCUUGCCAAUUCUAAUUGUCAGGCCUCUUCGUGCCAAACACUGCUCCAUUUGUGAUCGUUGUGUUGAACAAUUUGACCAUCAUUGCCCUUGGGUAGCAAAUUGUGUUGGCAAGAAAAACAAACGGGAAUUUUUUGUUUUCAUUGUUUUAGAAGUUUUAGCAAUGUCGAUUACUGGUGGAGUUGCUAUGACAAGAAUCUUGACGGAUCCAAUGGCUCCAUCAGCAUUAACUAUUUCACAGGCUUUUCAGGAAUUACUUUAUAUUGUUCCGACCUUGGCCUCAAUUGAAAAGGAGUUUAUUAGUGAUUAUGGAUUGAGUGAAUGUGUCCGUACCUGCAUCGGAAGUUUUGAGAUAUCUCGGAAUAUAACAACGAAUGAAAUGGAAAAUAUCAUGCGCUAUAGUUACCUCAGGGGUGCUGAUGGUCAGUUUAGAAAUCCCUAUGAUCAUGGAUGCUGGAAAAACUGCUCCGAUUUCCUGAUCAAUAGCUACCAUGAAGACGUGCCGAUUACUGAAGAUUCCAAAGGUACUGGGUUGGUUCAAAUGUUAAUGGAACCAAACUUGCAAAACGCUGAUUUGAAUGCUCUGGUGAACGGAAACAACCGUGUAGCUGUACAUCUUAAUUCUAGCAACACCAAUGCACAUCAUGGCCAUGUUCAUUCUUCGCACUGCACCCUUAGCCAUAGCAAAGUGGAAAGCCGAGAACGAGUCUUUGGUAUCAGAUCUUGGUCGUGGACGGAGUAG